UUCUUCGCUGAGUUGUGUUACCUGCGGAAGGUUCUGUUGUGAUAUUUUGGGCGGAAAUGUUCAAAAAGCAAAAGAAGAAAUCGGAAGAAGAAGCGCAGACUGUUGACAACAACCUACAGAACCAUCGUUCAUCAAAUAUCGACAAUGAUUCGUCAUUUAAUGUCGUCGUCGAAAAUAGAAGUAAUAGUGAAGUAACAGAUGGCGAUCAAGUGGACGGCUUCGAUUCUCAGGGGUUUGUUGAUUUGACUCCGGCAGAAAAUCAACCCAAAUUACUGGGACCCAAGCAACUUUGUCAGUAUGUUGGAACAUUUGCUGUGAGUCUGGGUACUGGAGGAGAGGGAACAAAUACACUAUCAACACACAAAGAAAGAACAAGAUUUGUGAAAAAGAAGCUAAAAGAAUACCGCAAUGCUCAGAAAGGUGUAGCAGUGGCUAUUCUGACUUCUACUGAUGGAAUCAAAGUUGUUUCUCCCAAUGACAAGUGUGUCAGAAUGGCCCAUCCAUUACAGAGAAUCUCAUUUGCAACAUGUGAUCCAGAAUUUAGACUCUUUGCUUACAUGUCUCAUGACCCCUCCCCCAUGGGGACAGCAAUAUACUGCCAUGUUUUUAUGACGAAGUAUACAAGACAGGUACAGAGUCUCACAGCUUUGGUGGGCAAAGCAUUUCAAGUAGCUUUUUCUGAAUCAAAGUUUCCACAGGGAACAGAACUUAAGAUGGAACCAAUGAAGAAGGGGCCGGAUAGCAUAAUGCCUCAGGGAAGAAAGUGGGCCAAGCUUGAGGCCCAACAGGGUCAUGAGAAUUCUCAGCAUGCAAUGCUUGCAAGGUUAAAAAAGGAGCAAGAAAAAGCAGCAAACAGAAGUAGCUCGCCUAAUUCUUCUCCAAGGGAACAAGCCACGCCCAAGAAAGAAGCAAAAGCGGAGGAGCAAGCCUCACCGACUCCUUCUAAACCAUCACCAAGGAUGGGAAGACGUAGGUCUCUUGGCAAAGCUCGUACCCCACCUGAAGUCCGCAAGUCAAAUAUUCCGCAGGGUAAUGAGGUAUCUGGGCAACACGAAAGAAAGGCAAGCCCUUCCGAUGCAGUCGCUGAUGGAAGCCCUGUGGCACAGAGGAAAAUCAAUGAAAGCCCUGUGGCACAAAGGAAAAUCAGUGCUCCAGUUCAGGGAAACAAAAUUUACACGCCACCAAACGAAGAACAUGCUACAGCCCCUGUGAUUACCAGCGAACGUUCAUUUACUCCGCCGCCAUCGCGGAGCGACGCAAUUUCGAACGGCGUGUCAUCCAAGCAGAAUGUUUCGAUGUUGCCACUUGCCAAGGUUGCAUCAGACCCGAGUUUUUCAGCAGCGGAUCGCGAACUGUCGACAGGCAAUAAAUUUGAUUCUGCGUCCAAGAGUACUAGCCACGAAGAUGAAAAUUGGUACAUGCCUGGGAUACCAAGGGAAUUUGUGGUUGAGAUGUUACAAAAUUCAGAGGAAGGCUCAUUCUUUGUGCGCGACAGUCAAAGUAGACCUGGCUGUUUCGCGUUGACGAUGCGUGUUCCAAAGGAGGCGAAUCCUAGUGGUUUUGGAAACUUUUUAAUCGUGAAAGUCAAAGAUGGCGUCAUGAUACAGGGUUUUGACAAAGUCUUACCGGACCUCACAGCUUUAGUUGAACACUACUCCAAACACGCCGACGGCCUCCCUUGUAGUCUGUUGAUUUCCGGUUCGAACGUGUUAUGUGAAGAUGAAGAUUAUAUGAAUAGCGUACCAGCGGAUCCUGAUUAUCAGAGUUUAUCAGAUUUUACCGCAAUGAUGGCUGAACUGAGUUGAGAGAAUUCAAGUCCUUUUUUAAUGAGAUACGUCACGGUUAGAGAAAUUCCGUGUAUAUUUUCCAAGCUUUUUAGUUACAAUCCGAGUCAGUCUCGGCUAUCCUUGAACUGGAACGUCGACGUUCCUUUUCGGAUUCUCUUUUCCUUUUCGAUGUUUGUCUUCCCUAUAAGCUGAUUAUCUCGAUGUUUUAUUCUAUUUAAGGGAAUGCCUCGGUGAUAUAGUUGGCAAGGACUCAAAUAUUGUUACUUGACCACACAGUUGAUCUUCUAUUAACGGUCAUUAACCUAUCAGUUGUUAGUCAAGGCAAAAGUUGUUGUUCUUCAUUUGUCUUGUAGCUUCUUGUGUCUCUUAACACCAUAUACAGACUCGAGAUACCUUCUAAUUUAUCUCAUGAAAUGAUCGGCGAUACUACGAAUCAAAACAAAAUUAUUAUGUUUCAGUAACCACGAAGGUUACUUCAGGGAGCAUUGUGUUGUUAAUGGGGAUCAAGGUCUAGGGUGAUACUAUGUUUCAUAACACUAUUAAUAUAUAUACAGAAAUAGUACCUAGGUUUAAGUUAUUUUGUGUCAAAAAUGUGAUGAACAUUGAUUCGUUAAGUGCUGGUAAAUGUGAACUGAUACAUAAUUAUGAAAAGUACCCGCAUUAUUGAGUAUUUUGCUUUGUAAAAUUUUAUUGCUUUGAAAAAACUUACGUGACAAAGUAUUUGGGAUAUAUUAUGCAGGAGGAGAAAAUUGAUCGGGAGUAGACAAGCAAUCGACAUUGGCUGAAAUCUUAACCAUGUAAUAAUAUAUUGAUAAUUUAUAUACAGUUAUACUUUGAUAUUGAAUGAAUGAAGGUGUUAGUUUUCAUAUCACGGUGAUUAUUAAAAAUAAUUUACCCUGC